AUGACUCUUUUUUGGGCGAGUCUUCAGCGGUUCAAUGACGUCCACUCAUCUGAUGUGGACCGUCGCUUUGCUGCUCUUGCGCCACUACCUACCCCUGUGGAGCCUGAGCUAUGUACCCGCAUUUGGAUCCCUGCCAGUCGUUUAACGGCCGAGCAUAAUAUUCACGAGAUUCUUGAAUCUCUUGCGGCUGACAGCCAACCAUCUCGUUUACCCGCUAAUGUUACUGACUUGGCGGUGUAUGACUGGUUUGUUGCCCGGGGUGCACGCCCGGUCUUGAUCACGCCUACCCAAGUUUUUGGGGAACUCAACCUAAGGUCACGGACAGUCUAUUUCCAUUCUGUCGCUUGCCCAUCCUCCCUCUUUGAGCCGAAUAGCGACCCACUUAGGGAAAUUCAUUUUCUUGAGGGGAAAAGCCAUGUUUUUUCAACAUCGGCUUCAACGGUUCAACCGCGUUCGGCCGCCUUCCCUCCUGCCCCUGUUCGCCCUUCAUCACCCCGCUCUGACGCCACUAUGGGUAGCGACGACGGCGCCACUACUUCGGAUGAGCUGCCGUCCACGGCAAACUCUGUUCCAUCCGUUUCCUUGCCUACCUCAAGCCCUUCCCCGGCUAUGUCAGUGGUACGGGCUGUACCACCACCAGCUGUUCCAUCUGGCUCUACAAAGCAUAGGCUCCUUAUCUUGGGAUCAGUUGCUACUGACGAACCUAUGUGGAAACUGGUUCAACACUCUCAGUAUGGGAUCAUACGUCGGGACGGGCCUAAGUAUCUUGAACCUCCACGUGCUGUGCCGUGCCGGUUGUAUGAAGGUUCAGAUGAUCCCCAUUCACUACUUUAUUCCAUUCCCGUCAUGCCCACAAUGUAUGACGUCCUUUACGACGAUGGUUAUGACACAAUUCUGCCUCCUGAUGUGGAUAUUAACCCGUCUGAACGGGACAAAUUUACUGACUUAACCAAACAGGUUUCGGGUUUUUCUGAGGACUCCGACCUUGUGCCUGCUCCGAAGGCCAUCCGUUCUCUUAUGAACACACGGAAGUUGCCUUUACGGGUUGAGCAAGUCUCGGUCCGUGAACUCGAACACUUCAUUGAUGAGUACUUGGCCAGUGAAUUCUCGUCGCUCACCUCUCACGAUGAUGCAUUCGCCGCUGUCCAAGUCCAGCCGGCGUACUUUCGUCGCCUAUUCAAGUUACCUGUGGAACAUCAGACUCGCCUAUUCAAGAGACAUGCGGCCUAUCGCUCUGUGAGUGCGGAACCUCUUCAACCGGGCGAGGUUUGGACCGCCGCCACUCGUCUUUCUCAGGGUUUCACAGUUGACCCUAUGGACGUCGCAGGCACCUUCGACAGUCUCUUUCAUACCGAUGAACGCAAUCUCGCAGCUCUUUCUAGUGUGACUUGUGAUUUCUUUUUGAUGAUCUUUGCACCAGCGAUUUACGUGGAUCCUGUCAAAGUCGCCACCUUAUUACCGGGACAUGCUAUCCACAAGCGUAUCCGCCACUCGCCGUUCCCCCUUUGGAGCGAUAUUAUUCUGCUUUACUUGGCACGGACGGAUGUGGGCGGACUAUUUCUCUCUAAUCCAAGGACGCCUUCCCAUGUGGUAGAUGCUAUCCGUUAUCUCGCCAAUGCAGCGCUCUCCCAGUCCGCGGCGACCGGGUGUUCCAGUCUUGUGCGUCCCCGUAUAUAG